AUGUUCGGGUGAAGCAGGGAGCCAGGAGAACCCCUCGGCUGGGAGCACCGCCGAGGUAACAUGCGAAAGCAAAACCUCAUCGCGCUGCUUUCUGCCCUGUCGCUGGCCAGAGGAUCUGCCGUGCACAGAAACUGGUUUAACAAAAGAACAGCCGUUCCGGAGGCAAAUAUUUUGAAUUCUCAGCUGCAGAACAAAGUGGUCGGCACUGUGGGUUUAGGUCCUGACCUUCUGAAGGGAAGAACUAACAAUCAGGACAGCCUAGAAGCAGCAGAACAAUCUAUCUUGAUAUACAUUGUCCCCAUCGUGCUGCUGGUUGUGCUGAUUUUGCUGUCCACCUUUUUAAUAAUACAUCACAAAAGGAAAAAGUCUAAGCAAGAUGAGCUGGGAAGUGAAAAUGUGAAAAGUCCUAUUUUUGAAGAAGACACACCCUCUGUUAUGGAGAUAGAAAUGGAAGAGCUUGACAAAUGGAUGAACAGCAUGAACAAAAACGCUGACUGUGAAUGCUUGCCUACUGUAAGAGAAGAAGAAAAAGAAUCAAUUGCCAACCCCAG